AUGUCGCAAUUCGGGUUCAUGAAGCGCGUCGGCGCGUCGGAUCGUGCCGUCGCUGUCCUCAACGACCAGCCCCAACUCUUCACCACGCUCGUCCUCGUCCUCGUCGGCCUCGCCGCGCAGUGCGGGUUCCUAUACUUCAUCCACUACGCCACACUCAAGCCCGAGCAAAAGAACAAGAAGAAGAAGGAGGACGGCCGGAAGCGCGCCGGCACCGGAGCCGCAGGCGGCAAGGGUGGAGGAGGAGGGUCUGGCAGCACGCGCUUCUUUGGCUUCAGGAGGUCAUGA